AUGCUGUCCCAACGGAUCCUGGCCCGACGCCUUCCCCAGGUUGCUGUCCGCAGCGCCAUUGCCCCCCGCGCAUUCUUUUCCCAAGUCCCGACCCUCCGUGCUGCUGAAAUUGAGGAUCCCCUUCAGAAUGGUGGCUACCAGAAUCCUCCCCGCGUAAAGCGUCAGUUCAGAGAUCCCUACGGCGGCUGGUGGGAUAAGCAAGAGAAGCGAAACUUUGGCGAGCCUGUUCACGAGGAGAAUGAGAUCCUGGGUGUUUUCAGCCCGGAGCAAUACACCCACGUCACUCCUCGCAAGGGUUUCUUCCACCUAGGAGUUUUCGUUGCGGCUUUCCUGAGCGUUUGCGGUGUUGUCAGCCUCUACUAUCCCGACAAGCCCAGUGUGCCGAAGACUUACGUCGAUGGCUUGGAGAAGGAGCUGGGUGGUCCCAAUGCCCUGCCGGCCCGCAAGGCUGGCGAGGACAAGUGGUGA